UCUUCCCUUUCAAGCCCUGACAUCUUUGACUCCCCAAGUCCUGAAGAAGACAAAGAAGAACACGUUUCGCUUGCACACAGAGGAGUGGACGCAUCCAAGAAAACGUCAAAGACUGUUACCAUAUCCCAAGUGUCCGACAACAAAGCGUCCCUACCACCGAAACCGGGGACCAUGGCUGCGGGCGGCGGCGGGCCGGCUCCUCUGUCCUCGGCAGCAUCCUCCCCUCUGUCAUCCUCCUUGGGAACAGUUGGACACAGAGCCAACUCCCCAUCUCUGUUCGGCACGGAAGGCAAACCAAAGAUGGAGCCUGUGGCCAGCAGCCAGGCAGCCAUGGAGGAGCUGAGGACGCAGGUCCGGGAGCUGAGAAGCAUCAUCGAGACCAUGAAGGACCAGCAGAAACGAGAGAUUAAGCAGUUACUGUCAGAGUUGGAUGAAGAGAAGAAAAUCCGGCUUCGGUUGCAGAUGGAAGUUAAUGACAUAAAGAAAGCUCUUCAAUCAAAAUGAAUACUUGAUAAAUGAAAUGUUGCAUUAUUCAUCCCGAGUCCAAGACUCAAAUUUUCUGCCCCAGCCAAAAUAACCUUGUGCCAAAAGAUUAAAGGUUUGCCUCAACACAUCCCUGUUUGAAAGAUUAGCACAAAAGUCUUGAUAGCACAACACAAAUUCCAUCCAAGAGGAGAUUCUUCCCCAUGGUAUAGUCCUGGGUCUGGCACUGGUUGUGACUUAAACAGAGCAAAUUGUGCUAAAGGCUUUUUUACUAUGAGAUCUCACACGAAACGAAAACUCAGGCAGUUUAGUCCAUAGUGGUACUAUUUUGAUGAUAUUUUCCAUUAAUAAAAUGUAAUUUUAGAUUCUUCGUUUACAAGCUUUAUAAUUUUAUGAUUUUUUUUUAAAUCGUGUUUUGACACAGAUUUCCCCAGUGUUUGUACUACACACAGUCCGGAGUGAGCGUCCCAUUCUUUUCGCUUACGUGGAAAGCUGCCUCGCUCUGUGUCCCCCUCAAGGAUUCUAUUACAUAUGCAAUUUUAGGUCCAACCUGUCCCUUCUCCUGCCAGCAAACCCCACCACCCUAAGAUAAAUUUUAGCUUAUAUAUGAUGGUAUAUUUACAAAAAGAGAAAGAGAAAAUCUGGUAUUUGCAAUGAUCUGUGCCUUCUUUUUACCACCCUCUUGAUUGGAGCUUUUGUGAUGCAGCUACCAUGAUUUAAAAGACACACACACAUUUUUUUUCUAGCCACUUAUCAAAGUCCACUAGAGGCCACUGUCUUCAAAGCUUCCCUCGCCUAACCAAAGGUCCUAAGAGGAGACAGCUGUGAAGUUGGGCGCGCUCUUUGGUACCAGCUGUGACUUUUAAGUUCUAGUUUUAGGUUCAUGAACUAGAAAUGUCACCCCUGCUUGAUUUUUCAUCAGCCAAGUUAAACCCCUGCUUCCUGUCCUUUGCACCUUUUGAGUGAACAGAAUAUGCAUUAUUAAAGCAAAAAUAAAUAAAAGUAAAAAUGAAAACCAAGGGGGGGGAAUGUUGUAUUCUUUCCUGCACUGGGUCCUCGUGUGUGCUGUUGUGGAAACUGUACUCACAUGAUGUCAUUUGCCUUGCUUUCUUGUAACCCUUUCCUCAGGUCCAAGAGAAAGGGGGGAGGCGCUUGUUGAAGUGUAGCCAUUGGCUCGCUCUUGCAUUCCUGGAAUUGCUUUUUCCGACCCAAGGAAACUGGUGUUUGCUUGUCUGCUUUAUCUCUGUAGCCAAUGAAGAGUUCAGCCCUAGACUCUGUAACUGUUUUCUCAUCCUUAGCUGAAAAUAAGGGAAGCAUACAGUAUUGCAAGACUGUUUGGGGAUUGGGGUGUGGGGGGUGGUCCCUUCAUGGCCCCUGAAGAUGUUUUAUGUGUUUCUAAAAAGCUGCUUUGUCCAUUUCCUGAGUUUUAAAGUGAAGCUACUAAACAUCAGUAGAUUCGCACAACGACAAAGACUGAGAAUUGGUUAAAAUGAAGGAGUGAUGCCAAAAAAAAAAAAACCCAACCCAACCACAUGUUGAUUAUCAAAAGUAUUACAAAUAAACGUCUCUUCCUCUCUCCCUUCCUUCCUCCUCCCUCUCACCUACAUACUCAGCCUUGUUGCUAGAGGCAGCUACUUUCUCUAGAGUAUUCACAGAUCCCUGGACACCCUGGUCUUCCAGGUGGGGUUCCGGGGUGAGGGCAUAGUUAAGGGAUGGAGUGUGUAAGGAAAGAAGCUUCACACCCUUCACUCUCACGUCUGAACAUACUGCCUUUCCAGCUACCUUGCCCUCAGUAUGCUGUGGGCCAGGAGCACCAUGUUUCUGAGUGACAUAAAACGUUCCUGUGCUUCUAAGAGUUUCUAUGUUAAGUUUGAAGCCUUCAGAGAUUCCUGCCACCUAAUAUAAGAAUGAGGAUAGGAUUCUUUUAUGUUUGGAUAUCUCACUCAUUAUGAAAAUCCCUAAUGAUAUAGUUUUAUAUAAUGUGUAUACAGACGAUUGUGAAUAGUUAAAUUGAGAGGUUGGAGCACCCUUGUGGGGCAUUGGUGACCUGGAAUACAAGAGGGAUGUUACCUUCUCAUAGAGUCAUUGGCUUUCAGGAGAAGGACAAGCAAUUCUAAAAAGAGAAGUUGGCAUAUGCAGCUUCCUUCCUGCCCUAUGGGCUAGCCAGCAAGAGGAUUCUACAGUCAUGGAACUCGAUGAGCCACUGCCUAAACAGCCGCCAUCUUUACAAAAUGGACCCAUCAAAAAUAUUGAAAAGCUUGGAAGUACCACUUCUGAAAAAAUUCUUUUGCAUUCAGCAUGGACUUGACCAGCAUCUAUGGAGAUUAUUUUUUUGCUUCAUUUUCUAAAGUUGUAUUUAGAAAAGUCUUAAGUAUUGUGCUUUGUAAAGAAGAUGAUUAAAAUGAAGUUUUGUGAAAAUA